AUAUUAUUGCUGAGAAUGAACGAGUACAACAUGUCAGCGUUCUGUGUGUGAGAAAUGCCCCUCGUGAUAUCAUUGGAUUGAAGACAAAUUAUUGUGUUAAGCUGUGCUUUUUAGUUGUUAAAAUUGUAUACGAAGGUGCUCUGUUUAUUAUUGAACGAAGUGACAUUACAUUGAAUAAGUAAAAUGGCAGAUUAUAUCCAAGUAACAGAAGAUGAAAAUGACCCUGAUGCCACGAUAGAACUCCCAGCGGAACUACCGAGCCCCGAAGGCGCGUCCAUCUUGCUGUCGACGAUCGUCGCCCAGUUCCCGGGGGCGACUGGAUUAAAGUACCGCAAUCCAGAAUCAGGAACAAUGCGAGGUCUCCGAGUAGUCGAAGGCCGGGUUAUGGCGCCAGAUGGAGUUUGGCAAAAUCAUCUCUAUGUUGUCACAUUCCCGAAAGAAAACAAGAGGAAGGGAGAUGACACGCGAGAACUUCCUGUGGGAAAAACGAGAAAAACAGACGACAGGAGAACGUCAGAUCUGAUCGUACUAGGUCUAGACUUCAGCACAACGGUAGAAGGCAUGAAGGAUUACUUUUCGCAAUAUGGAGAAUUGGUUAUGACACAGCUGAAAAAAGACCCCAAAGGCAAAUCCAAGGGAUUCGGCUUUAUCAGGUAUCGAGAUGUGGAAUCACAGAAUGCCGUAAACAACAAGAGGCAUAAGAUUGAUGACAGGUGGUGUGAAGUCAAAUACCCAGAUUCACAGCAACCAGAGAAGAGGAAACUCUUUGUUGGCCGAUUAUCACCCGAUAUAAAGGAAGAUGAUCUCUACCAGUACUUUGCCAAGAUCGGAACUGUCACAGAUGUAUUCAUCCCCAAGGAAUUCAGGGGAUUUGCAUUUGUUACGUUAGAGAGCGCUCAAAUUGCACAGGGUCUCAUUGGACAGGACCACAUUAUCAAUGGAAACAGCGUGUUGAUCAACUAUGCAGACCCCAAGAACAAACAAGGCCAGAAUCCCCACCAACAAGGGGGAAGGCCUCCCUUUGGGAACAGAGAUGGUGGAGGUUUCUCACAUGGAGGACGAGGAGGGUACCAGAAUGACUACUUCAGGAACAAGCAAGGCGGUGGUGGUGGUAAUGAUGGUAGUGGUAGCGGGAGUUACGGGGGUGGGGGUUACAACAACAUGAAUUCCUCAGGUCAGGGUCAGAUGAUCCCCAACAACCCCCAGGGCGGGGGAGGUGGCAUGGGGAAUCCCGCCGCAGCGGCCAUGGGAAUGUUGAACCCACAAGGUAACAUGAACCAAAACCAGCUCAACCAGGCCGUGCUGGCGGCGGCCCUGAACCAGGCCGGGUUAGGGAUGGUCGGGAGUCUCCUGAUGGGGGGUGGGGCGGGAAUGAACGCCCUGCAGGCGCAGGCAACCAUGGCCCAGACGGCGCAGGCGCAGGGGAACCAGGCGACCACACCCCAGACGCAGAAUAACCCCGCUAUAACCGCUGAAUCGACAGCGUACCAGGCCCAACAGCAGGCUGCUGCGAUGGGAUGGGGUGCAGGGAACCCAGCCCAAGGGGCUGGAGAUGGGACUGGAGGCCAGUUUUAUGGGGCAGGCAAUAAACAGGCUUCAGGUUGGUAGAUGCACUACUUCAUUCAUUAAUUGCUUUUAAUCUGAAAAUGAUGCCCUGAUUAUUUAUUUUCAAGCUAUAUUUAGGCAUUUUGUAUUAACCUAUGAAAAAAAAGGAAAAAGCGAUUUACAGGCCCAUAUGAUCAAUUCUAAUUUGAUAGCCUUCCUUCAUGGUACUUUGUUUAACAAACAAAUGCAAAAUUUCUAUGACAGAUUUGCUUUCUGCCAAAUCACAAGAUUGUUCGUGAAAUAACAUAUUUGUUACUAACGUCUGAUUGGCUGUCAGUCAAUCUCCACUUACUGAGAUACGUAUUCUAGAAGAAUAAAGAUGAAAAUCUGCAGUUGUUUCCCCUGUUUAUAAUCUGUUUCAUUCUAUUUUUCAAAAUAAAGAGAAAUAAAGAGGCCGGAGAAGAUGGUCACAUAUCAUUCUAACUUUAACCAGGCGUUUGUUAGUGAAGCAAUGUCAAUAACUUUAUUAUAAAUUGAACACCAGCAUUACACACACAGCCUUUCAAGACAUGAAGUAAUAAAUGUUAAGAGUUCUGCGCUCAGGUAAGUACUAUGGUUACAGUUCCUUAAAAUAUCCCUUUCAGGACAAAAGUUACAAAAUUCUUAUGGUUUUGCAGUAUUACUUGAAUAAGAGCCAUACAAAGAAUUGAGACAAGAUAUAUCAAAUUUGAAAGAUGUAAUAUGUUUUAAAUAAUGUGGCAGUAAAAAAAAAGCAAAUUUUAUGUAGUAUAUGAUGAUAUAGAGCUACUCUUGUUCUCAAAGGGAUAUGUAAAUUAAUAAUAGAAAUAAACCUGCUUUCAUUGUGUAAAAUAUUAAUUGUUCAGUAUUGCAAGUACACAGGUAUAUUUUUCUAAUAAAAUUUUAUUUGAAAUGAAAAGGAACAACGUAGCCAGAAUGUUGACUAAUUUUAGACUCCAAAGACUGAUGCUGAUGGAUCCGAUGUGUUUUGAGUGCAGAACUAUUUGAUUUGGGUUUUAGAUUUCACUGAAAUAGUGUGUGUACUUGCUUUGAUAUAUCUAUUUGUAUUCAUAUCAUUUUUUUUGCGGAAUGAUUCUGGUGAUUUAAGAUGCCCCCAAACGUUAUCUUGUAUGAAUAAUGAGGUGAGGCCACAUGAUUGAGAUAACAUGUUAAGUUAGACCUGGGUCCCGUAACACAAAGGUUAGCAAUUGAUUGUACGCUUGAUUGUUUAUUGUAGUCAAUGGAAUCAAUUGUAGAAAAAUGUUCUACAAUCAUUGCUUAGUUUUGUGUGACGGGGCCCCAGGUGACAAUGCACAAUAUCUUGUAAAAACUUCAGGCUUGUAUACAUUUAUGUAUCACUUUGAUUGAACCGAUCUGUUAUGUAGUGACAUCGUUGCGGUUUUGCCGUGUGAACCUUUGGUUGCAUAUGCUUAGAAUGAAAUGCUUGAAUUACCUGUACAUUUAUGGUAACUUGUACUGGUGUGGUACCUAUACAUGUGUGGUGCCUGUACCUUUAAGGUAUGUCAAACACACCUUGUGCAGGUGCAGUUUUGCUGUGUGAACCAUUUUGCUUAGAAUGAUAUAUAUUCGAAAGUCCUGCACCUUGUACGUAAAAGAAGACUUGUAUCGGAGGCUGUAACUAUUCACACUGAUCCUGUCAGCAGUAAUGUGAAGUACUAAGUAGCAUUCUUUGACCCACUUGAAAUGAACAGAACAUCAGGUUUGUUAAAUCUUUUAGGUGAUUAAAGAGUGCUAUAAUGAGCCAAAGAAUGCUAGUGAGUACCGGAUGUGCUACGAAUGUUCAAUCUCUUAUAACUAGUGAUGUGUCUUCGCUCUCCAGAAGGCUUGGCAAAAACUGACAAAUGUAUAAAUGUGCUCAUUAUGAUUGUGAUAUAUGGAGUUGUAAAGAAUGUACAUGUACAGAUGAUUGUAAAUUGUGGUCCAUUGUUUUAUUACCUCUGUAAUCUGCGCUGUGAAAGGUGUAUGAAAAUUCUAUUCUGAUUCAUGAAUGCAAAUGACCUACGUAUACAUGUAUAGCCAUUCUAUAUGAUUUUUGUGACCUAAAGAAGCGAGCAUGUCUAAUGUGUUGAUAAUUCAAUUCUAAUUUAUAUUUUAUGACAUGUUGGUGAUACAUUGUAUAUGGUGUUGAUUUGCUGAAAGGAAUAUGACAGAUUUGGUGUCACUGAAUAUGUAGCCAAAUGAUUGACCAUAUAUAGAUCUAUAAAUGUAUGUUUUGAACUUUUGAUUGAGCCAAUAUUGUAUGUAUAGGUUUGAUAAUUGAUUAUUUGGGGUGUCAUGUUGUAUUUCAUCUGUGGAUGAGGUGUGACGCUCGUUUCUCAGCAAAAUGUAUCUUCCAUCCAGUAUGUGUUUAUUGAAAUAAUGUUGGACUUUGGAGAGUUGAACCAUGCCUGAUGACAAAAAAUGGGUUGGAUUUGUAUUAAGAGAUGCAGAUUGGUACUUUUCUGUCUGGAUUGUGAUAUCAUUUAGAAGAACGUCUGUAGAUUUAAUAUCAGAUUAUGUGAACAUUUAUGCAGUUGACAGAAUGAUGUUGUUGGAAUGUUGGGAAAAAAAUAAGAUCUGUAUUUUAAAAUAGAAAUGGUCAUGUUUGGAUUGUGCUGGCUGUCUUGGGGGUAAAUAUUGUGCAGAUUUGAUGAAAACUGUGCUCGUGAUCUUGUAGGCCGAUAAUUUAGGUGGAGGCUGCAAGUUGUAUAUUUGCCUUUUCACACUACAUAAGCGAAGUCUGAUGCGGAAGACCAGCCGCCACCUAUUCACUCCCUUCUUGCUUCAGUUGUCAUUUUCUUUCAUUGGUAAGGAUUCGGUAUGGGAAUAUACAACAAAAAUUUUCCACCAAACAUUUGUCUAGUAAAAAGAAAACAACAACUAAAGCAAGACAGAGUUUAUUGGUGGUGACUGUUUCCUAUUCACUGAGUAUAGUUUUCAGCAUCAGAUGUAUCGCUUAUGACAUGUGUAAUGGCAUCAGACUCGCAAAAGCAAAGACGACCUUCAGCCUCCACCUAGAUUACAGGCUAAUUAUGGUGAAGUUGACAGACAUUUUUUUAUUGAAAUUUGAAAGAAAAGAAUUGCCAUGGUGGUGUUGGAAUGUUGAAACAUAUGUAUAAGAGCCAUAUUUUAUAUUAUUAUUCGGUAUUUUCAUGUUUGGUCAUGAUCAUUGAUUGAUAAAAAAUGUUCAUGGUGUUGGAAUGUUGAAACAAAUAAGACAUAGAUAGUGAUGGCUAUGGUCAUUUGUGGAUUGAUAUAUCUUCAGAAUGAACCUUACUAUUUUACUGAACAUUAUAAAUAGUGGUGUGAUGCACUCUUGAAGUAUGUAGAUGUAUGCAUAGUGGUGUAUUUUUUUUUUUCAAACUAAAAACAAUAAUGGCCAAUGAUUCUAAGCUAGAUGCUACCCUUUAUUAGUUCUAGCUUGAAUUUAUAACAAGACGCCAUUUUUAGGAGAUGUCUUUAAAGACAAUUUACAUUCAAACAAAAACCUGAGAUUUGCGCAAGCCAAGCGUAGGAAUACAGAUUACUAAAUGAACCGGUCCAUCAUAAAAAAAAUCUUAGUAAAGAAAAACAAAGGUCUGUUCUUUGCGUUGGAUUGAACUGAUGGUUUUAUGGUGUGUAUAUAAAGAAUACUAUGUAUAUAUGACCUCCCUUAUAAAAUUUGAUGUCUGAAUGUUUAAUGAUGCUGUUAUUUUGUUUUUCUUUAGAUUGAAUGUGAUGGUAGUUCAUGCUUGAUGAUUUUGUGAUACAUCCUGUGUUUAAGGAAGUAGACUUACUUUUUUUUCAUGGCACAAGCUUUGAGGAAGUGCCCUUGCCACAAAGUACUUUCUGAAACAUGACGUUAUUAAAAUGAUAAACUACCAGUAGUGUGGAUACUGAAUAUAAAUUGAAAAUCAUUCUAGGGAUUGAAUAAUAACUCCAAAACUACUCAUAUGUAAUAUGUAAGGAGGAAAAAUUUGAAUAUCCUUAAUUUUUUCAAUUCAGGGGAGGGGGAGUAGAAGUGAAUACAUUGUUUUAGACUUCCUAAUAUAAUAAGUGGUGUUGCUGGUGUAUUGUGCAUUUUAUUUUUAAUCAUUUUGUUUGUAUUGUUUUUUUACUGAAUGAUAAAGUGGGUGUUUCAAUGUUUACACAUUGAAUAAUGUGUAGCCAGUUGUCUGAAAGGCCUGAUUUUAGAGAUGAUUGUGGUAAGAAAAAAAAAAGUGAUAUAAAGAGUAUGUUUUGUAAAUUCUGUGUUCUCUGGUGAGUGUUUAUGGCUAAAUCAUGUAAUCUGUGAUAUUUAGUGUAUUUGCUUGCUACUGCAGCACUGUAGUGCCAGAGCUUUUGUUUGAGUUUGUUAAACAAUGUUUUGAAUUGAAUAGGCUUCAUAAAUGUCUUGUUGGAAAGUGA